CUAUUUGGCCAGUAGUUUUAGAUGGAGCAACAUCAAAAUAAUCUACAAAUAACUUUUGUUAUCUAUAUACUAAUUCUAGUUAAUCUAAAACUGUAAAGAUUCAAGUAGAUAUUUCCAAAUUAAUAUCAUGGGAAAUUCCUAUCUUAUUCUACUUAAUAUAUAGCUUAACAGUCCUUUAUAAUAUAAAGAAAUUGUAAACUAUUCCAUAAAUUAAUGAAUUCUAGUUAUAAACAAAAUAAUGAUGAAAUUAUUUUUGUUGAAGUUAAAAAAAUAGUUAAAAGGUUGUUAUCAUAUCCAAUUAUUACAAUCUUAAGUACUAUUCUAUUUACUAUUAUGGAUAUAGAGACAUUUUUUAAUGUGAAUGUAAAAUUAAUCUAAUAAUAAGAUAGGAAGCAUUUAAAGUACAAUAAGUUGGACCAUGUUAUCAUUAUGGGAAUUCUUUAACUUUUUUGCUUAUAUCUCCUAGAGUAGUGUCUAAGAAGAACUUUUUAGAAGAAAUUCUAAAGAAUAAGAAUGUAUUUGUUUUAAACAACAUUAGUUUAGUAAAUCCAUUAAUUCAAUAAUAAGAUCCUGA